AUGCUGGGCCAGCUAGCUGCGAGGAAGAGCCGGGCAGGCUGCCGUCGACUGCUGAGCCACCCACCACCCCAUUGGAUCAAGCCAAACGAGCGGCCCCGACCGAGCCCAUUCUCCACCUGCCCUCCAAGGACGACCAACAAGCUAGCCCAACCACCCGCAAAGGACAGCCCGAGCCACCCGCCCUCCUCGGCCCUCUCUCUGUUCCAUUCCCAGCCCCGUCCGACCGAGCCGGCGAAGGAGGAGGACGACGUGCUGCCGGAGUACCUCCACUCGGAAGCCCUCCCCGCCUCGACCAGCAAGCCAGCAGACGAGAAACAUGCCGUCGUCAGCACCUUCGACCUCUUCUCCAUCGGCAUCGGGCCCUCCUCCUCACACACCGUCGGGCCAAUGAGGGCCGCUAAAAUCUUCACUAACGACCUCAAGGAGGCCGGCGUCCUGGAUCGCGUCAAAACCCUCAAAGUCGCACUCUACGGCAGUUUGGCAGCCACUGGCAAAGGGCACAUGUCGCCAGAAGCGUUGAUCGCCGGCUUCGAGGGCCACAGCUGCGAGACCGUCGACACGGCCUCGAUCCCGACCCGCUACCGCUCGGUGUGCGAGAACAAGUCGAUCAACCUCGGGCUCGCCCUCGACCCUGACGGCAUCGGCCAUCCCGUCCAGUUCGAUAUCGAGAAAGAUCUCGUAUGGCUAUGGGACUGCGUCCUCCCCCAACAUCCUAACGGGAUGUUGUUCUCAGUGUACGAUGUCGAAGGCGAUCUGAUCGCCAACAACACCUAUUUCUCGAUCGGCGGGGGAUUCGUAGUGAACACCGAAACCCAGUUCUCGGGGGAAAACCUGUACUACAAGCAGAUCGACAAGCGCAAGGCCUCGACCAGCCGGCUCGACCCUUUCAAACAGCUCCAGCCGCUCGUCGACUCGCUCCCGCUCAACAGCCAGCCCACCACCGUACUCCCAUCCAUCGAUCCCCCUCCGAAGGAAGGACCCCUGUUCCCCUUCCAUAACUGCGACAGUCUCUUGGAACUCACUCGCAAACAUAACCUAACGAUCGCCCAAAUCGUGUACAACAACGAACGCGAGUUCUUCUCCGAUGACGAGAUCAGGGAACGGAUCCUCAAAAUCUACAAAGUCAUGGAUGAUUCAAUCAAGCAGGGCGUCUGCUCCGAGGAAGACGUCUUGCCCGGGCGAUUGAGGGUCAAAAGACGAGCCCGGAACCUCUACCGAAGACUUCACCGGGGCUUUUUCCCGUCGGUCUCCGACAUAUCGACCACUCCACCGCCGCGCCUCUCGUUCACGAAGCCGCACAUGUUACCAGCUAUGGAGGACGUGCGCGAGCCGGGGAGCAACGAGAUCGCGACCAGCGGGCCCGGCCAGCUUUCCCCCGAGUCCAACACGACUAUCCAAUUCCGCGGCAAUCGUCGCGCCCCGCUCCUCCUCAGAGGCCAAUUCGACCACCACGUCCAGCCGGUCCUUCCCCGUCGGAUGAGCUUCCCGUCGAUGGACUUCUUGUCGUGCUAUGCUAUUGCGGUCAAUGAAGUCAAUGCGGCCGGUGGACGGAUCGUGACUGCUCCGACAAACGGAGCCGCAGGGGUCCUCCCAUCAGUUUUGAAAUACUUCCUAGAGUUCAUAUCUGAAGAUCCAGAAAACGACACGAUGACGUUCCUGCUAACAGCCGCGGCGAUCGGGAUGCUGUAUAAGCGGGGCGCGACGAUCAGUGCUGCUGAAGGCGGAUGCAUGGCCGAGGUCGGCGUAGCCUGUUCGAUGGCAUCCGGUGCUUUUGCAGCAUGUAUGGGCGGUAGCCCCGAGGUCAUUGAAGCGGCAGCCGAGAUCGGGAUCGAGCAUUGUUUAGGUCUGACCUGUGACCCGAUCGAUGGACUAGUGCAAAUCCCGUGCAUCGAGAGGAACGCCCUAGGCGCCGUUAAGGCUGUGACUGCCGCCCAACUCGCGCUCUCCGGAGACGGCGUCCAUAGCGUCUCGUUGGACGAGGCUAUCGCCGCUAUGAGACAGACCGCUAAGGAUAUGUCAAGCAAGUAUAAGGAAACUAGUCGGGCCGGAUUGGCUACGUCAGUAAAAGGAGCUAGGAUACCGGUGACAGUCCCCGACUGUUAA